CAGGAGAAGCCGAUUUGCAAUGUUGAAGGAAGAACAGAAUUUUGUGAGAUGAAUGGAGACAUAAGGAUCCAUGGAAAGUCCUCUACAGUUUUCAUGUCUGCUUCAUCCACGGAAAACAGUUCGUGGAUUAUCAGUCCAUAUGCUCGAAAAGAUGAUGAAGAGGCUAUGAAUCAUGUGACGAAAUGGUCGAUAAAAUCCCGGGUAAUGGAUGACUACGGGUUACCUCGAUGCGAUCGGAAACACGAAGUUCCGGCCAUCGUUUUCUCCCUCGGGGGAUACGCAGGGAACAAUUUCCAUGAUUACACUGAUAUAGUUAUUCCUCUGUAUCUAACUUCUCGACAGUUUGAUGGAGAAGUAAAGUUUCUUAUUACCAACAAAAAUCCAUGGUGGAUCAACAAGUUCAAAACUAUUCUACAAAAGCUUUCGAGAUACGAGCCGAUCGACAUCGAUAAAGAAGAACAAGUUCAUUGUUUUACGAGCACGAUCGUCGGCCUGAAACGAGACCCGAAAGAGUUGAGGAUCGAUCCUUCAAAAUCACAUCAUUCAAUGACAGACUUCAGGCAGUUUCUUAGAAGUGCUUACUCCUUGAAAAAGAGCACUGCUAUAAAAAUUACCAACAACGGUCACAAAAGAAAACCUCGGCUUCUCAUUCUUUCGAGAAAACGAACACGUGCAUUUAUGAAUACGAACGAUAUCGUUAGGAUGGCGAGGAGUUUAGGCUACAAAGUAGUCGUUGCGGAGGCCGACUCGAAUGUAGCGAGAGUAGCGGCGACUGUGAAUGCUUGCGACGUAAUGAUGGGAGUCCAUGGAGCUGGCUUAACCAACAUGGUUUUCCUUCCGGACAAUGCAAUUUUGAUCCAAGUUCUUCCCAUAGGAGGGUUCGAAUGGCUUGCUCGAACCGACUUCGGAGAGCCAUCCAAGGGCAUGAACCUAAGGUACUUGGAACACAAGAUCAAAACAAAAGAGAGUACUUUGAUCCAACAAUAUCCUCAUGAGGUUAUAAGCAAUCCAUCUGCCAUUGCAAAACAGGGCUGGAAUGCAUUCAAGUCAGUGUAUCUGCAGCAACAAAAUGUGACCCUCGAUAUCCAUAGAUUUAGACCAACUUUGUUAAGAGCUCUUGAGCUCUUACAUCAGUAA